CCCCCCCUCCCCUUAGCCCCAGCGCUCUCCCUGUCGCCCCCUCCUCUCUUCCCUGUCACACUCUCUCUGCCCCCCUCGCUCGGCUUCUCAUUCGCUUGCUCGUCUCCAAACGUGGAUCCGCUGCUCCCGGAGGAGCCGAGCGCCGGGAUCCCGCGCGCACCGAGCACCUGGAGUCCGCCCGGCGGCGGCCCGAGCCUGGCCAGCGGCGGCGGCUGAGACAGAAGCGGCGACAGCGCAGGAAACGGUAGCAGGGGCCGCGGACACCGCGGAAGCCCCAGCGGCAGCGGCCGCGGCCGAGAUGUCCCGGCGAAAGCAGAGCAAACCCCGGCAGAUCAAACGGCCGCUGGAAGAUGCCAUUGAGGAUGAGGACGAAGAAUACCCAUCAGAGGAGGCUGAAGGCAUCGCCAAAGGGAACUUUCCACUGGAGGAAAGCUUCCCUGCCGACUUUGGGCCAGAAAAUCUGAGCUGUGAAGAAGUGGACUUCUUUUGUAACAAAGGUGAUGAUGAAGGAACCCAGCAGCCAACAGAAUCAGAUGGGGACAGCCAUUCUGAAAAACCCGGGCAGCCUGGAGUACACACAGAUGACUGGGAUGGGCCAGGAGAGCUGGAAGCAUUUCAGAGAGAUGGGGAGCGGAAAAUUCAGAGUAGGCAGCAACUUCCUGUGGGAACAACCUGGGGCCCUUUCGCUGGCAAGAUGGACUUGAAUAAUAAUUCCUUGAAGACAAAGGCUCAGGUCCCCAUGGUGCUGACUGCUGGUCCCAAGUGGCUUCUGGACGUGACUUGGCAAGGAGUGGAGGACAGCAAAAACAACUGCAUUGUGUACAGCAAAGGGGGUCAGCUUUGGUGUACCACAACGAAGGCCAUCUCAGAGGGUGAGGAGCUAAUUGCCUUUGUGGUGGAUUUUGACUCAAGGCUACAAGCUGCCAGUCAGAUGACUCUAACAGAAGGGAUGUACCCGGCCCGCCUGCUGGACUCGAUUCAGCUGCUUCCACAGCAAGCAGCCAUGGCUUCUAUUUUGCCUACAGCUAUUGUCAAUAAGGAUAUAUUCCCUUGCAAAUCCUGUGGCAUCUGGUACCGGAGCGAGCGGAACCUGCAAGCCCAUUUGAUGUACUACUGCAGUGGGAGGCAAAGAGAAGUUGCUCCAGUGUCUGAAGAAAACGAAGAUAACACGCAUCAGAUUUCCAGCCUGUGCCCCUUCCCACAGUGCACCAAGAGCUUUUCCAACGCACGAGCUCUAGAAAUGCACCUGAACUCACACAGUGGAGUGAAAAUGGAGGAGUUCCUUCCCCCAGGGGCAAGUUUAAAAUGCACAGUCUGUAGCUACACUGCUGAUUCGGUGAUCAAUUUCCACCAACACCUGUUCUCUCAUCUCACUCAAGCUGCCUUCAGGUGCAACCAGUGCCAUUUUGGCUUCCAGACUCAGAGGGAGUUACUACAGCACCAGGACCUCCACAUCCCCGGGGGUGGCAAACUUCCCAGAGAAAGCGACUUGGAGCACUCUCCUAGUGGAACCGAAGACAGCUUACAGCCAGCCACAGACUUGCUGGCCAGAAGCGACCUCUCCCAGAGCCAAAAGGCCAUGCAGACUAAGGAUGCAAGCUCAGACACAGAACUGGACAAAUGUGAGAAAAAGACUCAGCUCUUCCUCAGCAACCAGAGACCAGAGAUACAGCCGGCAGCCAACAAGCAGAGCUUUUCUUACACAAAAAUAAAGUCUGAGCCCUCCAGCCCGAGACUUGCUUCCUCUCCAGUACAACCCAACAUCGGGCCCUCUUUUCCCGUGGGACCUUUCCUGUCUCAGUUUGCUUUCCCCCAAGAUAUCACCAUGGUCCCUCAAGCUUCAGAGAUCUUAGCCAAGAUGUCCGAGCUGGUCCAUCGGCGAUUGAGGCACGGUAGUAGUAGCUACCCUCCGGUAAUUUACAGCCCUCUGAUGCCCAAAGGGGCUACAUGCUUUGAGUGUAACAUAACAUUCAAUAAUUUGGAUAACUACCUAGUUCAUAAAAAACACUACUGCAGCAGUCGGUGGCAGCAGAUGGCCAAGUCCCCUGAGUUUCCGGGGGUUUCAGAAAAGAUGCCUGAAGCUGUGAGUCCCAAUACUGCCCAGGCUUCCAUAAGCCUUCUUAACCCAGCUGCUCAUUCCUCUGACCCAGAAACACCACUUCUUCAAACAUCAUGCAUCAACUCUUCCACCGUCUUAGAUUUGAUUGGGCCAAACGGAAAAGGCCAUGAGAAGGACUUUUCCACUCAAGCCAAAAAGCUGUCCACCGCCAGCAGCAACGAUGACAAAAUGAAUGGAAAGCCCAUUGAUGUGAAAAAUCCCAGCGGUCCCUUAGUGGAUGGGGAAAGCGACCCAAAUAAGACCACCUGUGAAGCUUGUAACAUCACCUUCAGCAGGCACGAAACAUACAUGGUCCACAAACAGUAUUACUGUGCAACACGCCAUGACCCUCCGCUAAAGAGAUCUGCCUCCAACAAAGUGCCCGCCAUGCAGAGAACCAUGCGCACGCGCAAGAGAAGGAAGAUGUAUGAGAUGUGCCUACCUGAGCAGGAGCAAAGGCCGCCCCUGGUCCAGCAGAGGUUUCUUGAUGUAUCCAACCUCAGCAAUCCUUGUAGCUCCACUCAAGAGCCCACCGAAGGGCUAGGAGAAUGCUACCACCCGAGAUGCGACAUCUUCCCAGGAAUUGUCUCCAAGCACUUGGAAACUUCGCUGGCCAUGAACAAAUGCGUUCCGGUUCCCAAAUGUGACACGACCCAUUCCAGUGUUUCCUGCCUAGAAAUGGACGUACCCAUAGACCUCAGCAAAAAGUGUCUAUCGCAGUCUGAGCGGACGACCGCCUCUCCCAAAAGGCUGCUAGACUACCACGAGUGCACCGUAUGCAAGAUCAGCUUCAAUAAGGUGGAGAACUACCUGGCCCACAAGCAGAAUUUCUGCCCUGUCACUGCGCAUCAGCGGAACGACCUGAGUCAGCUUGAUGGCAAAGCGUUCCCUAAUUCAGAAAGCGAACGGAAUAGCCCCGACGUCGGCUUUGAAAGAAACAUGAUCAAAUGUGAGAAGAACGGGAAUCCGAAGCAGCCUUCGCCCAAUGGAAACUUGUUUUCAUCCCAUUUAGCGACUUUACAGGGCCUGAAAGUGUUCAGCGAAGCCGCUCAGCUCAUCGCUACAAAGGAAGACAACAAACACCUGUUUCUUCCCCAAUGCCUUUACCCUGGAGCAAUAAAGAAGACGAAAGGAGCUGAUCAGCUUUCUCCAUACUAUGGCAUAAAGCCAAGCGAUUACAUCCCCGGUUCUCUUGCCCUCCACAACACCGACGUAGAACAAAGCACAAAUGCAGAAAACGAGUCUCCAAAAGGCCAGGCCUCCUCCAAUGGGUGUGCCGUGCCCAAGAAAGAUUCUCUGCCACUGCUGCCCAAGAACAGAGGCAUGGUCAUAGUGAAUGGUGGACUGAAGCAAGAUGAAAGGCCUACGGGUAACCCACAGCAAGAGAACAUUUCCCAGAAUGCCCAGCACGACGAUGACCACAAAUCCCCUUCGUGGAUCUCUGAAAACCCAUUAGCUACAAAUGAGAACGUCUCCCCAGGAAUUCCCUCGGCAGAAGAACAGUUGUCCAGCAUAGCAAAGGGAGUGAACGGUUCCACCCAGGCUCCCAGCAGUGGGAAAUACUGCCGGCUAUGCGAUAUCCAGUUCAAUAACCUCUCAAACUUUAUAACUCACAAGAAGUUCUAUUGCUCAUCACAUGCAGCAGAACAUGUCAAAUGAACUAACUGAAUUAAAAAAAAAAAAAAAAAGAGGGAAGAAAGCAGUCACCUUUGGUACCAGUGUUUAGUAUGUUCUUCUAAACAGUCCUGAAAAAAACAAAAACAAAAAACAAAGACUCUGUUUGAAUUACAUUUGAAUUACAUCUGGCAAUCAGAAGACAUUCAUUAUGGCUGAGUUGAAGACUUACAAUGUAAUUUCAUUACAGACCAUUAGUAAAGUGUAUUAUUGGUGCCAUUUUCAAAACAAAAAUUAAUUUAUUUUACCAGCAGUAUUCAUAGCUGUGGUUAUGUUAUUUUUUAUUUAAAAACUUUAUAUUAAAGUCAUUUGUAAUGUUAUUGUAUAGUUAUUGUGUAGCACAUAUGGUUUGCACUGUAUAGUAGCUUUUAAAGAAAAUAGUCACAAAACAAUACAGAAAAGCAUUUUAGAAAUAGCUUCCAAAGCACUUGUGUAUCCUGAUUUUUUCUUAUAUGCUGUUGCAGAUAUGUGUAUAUGCUAAAAUAUAACCUGCAAACAUGUUCUAAAUACACAUGCUAUAAGUUCGCCUUAAGAUUUCAGUUUGUGGAUAAUCAGGCUCCAUUUGCACUUUAUAUUUUAGCAAAUACAGUCUCUAUGUCACUAGGCUUUGCAUUCGUACGUAGCCGUAUAUUUCUGUCCAUUUUCUCAAGCUUAAACAUGUAUGUUAAAUGAAGAUUGGCAUUUUUCUUUCUUGUACAGUACUUGUAUUUUCUUUCACCGAUGCAGUCCUGUCUCAGUUUUUAAACCUUUGCUGUUAAAUGCAAUACUUUAUAAAGGAUGAACAAAAUUACUGGAAGCAGUAUUGUAAGUAAUGGAGUAGUAGUAAUCGGUUUUAUCUUUUGAAAGGCACAGUCUAAAUUGAAACCCUAAACUCGAUGCUGCAAGUAUGAAUUUAAUUCAUAUAUAUAAGAUCUAUUUAAAUAUAAGAGUAGCAAUACUGCACCUGGUGAUCACAAAGAUAAUGUUCUACUUCUGAUAGAAAUAAUUUCUCAACAAAUGUUGUUACUAUGCAUGUAUAUGGAUGGAAUAAAAUUCCAAAUUGUUG